GAGUCCCUCCCUUAUCGAUUAAUGCUGCAACUGCCCUGGGACCCGACGGCGUCCCCCGCCAUUUUCCUUCUCUUGCUUCCACGGCUAAGAGAUCGUGGGCGUCCACAUAAAGUGCUCGUCAUAGCUUUGCCUUUCUACUGAUUCCUGAGCUCUUCUGCUUCGUCUCUCUCUCUCUUACUCUUGCCUUUUCUGAGUAUGGCCUCUUUCCCGCUUUCGAACACUGUCGUCGUCCCUCCGUCGUGCUGCUCCGACGUCUCUCCCGGCGUCGACCGGGCCGCCGUUCGUUUCUUUGCUUCUGCGAACUCCGGCUUCGACCUCGGGAAGCCCGUUUCGCAUGGCGGUCGCCUCUGUUGUCUUCGACCGAUGUGUGGACUAGCCGAAUCGUUAGACUUUCACAAUGGAACAUCACGAGCUCCCUUUCUUAAUCAUCGAAUACUGCCUGACCUUUUUGUUUCUAAAACUACAGAAGAAUUGGUUCGCAAGAAUGACACGAAGUUGCGCAUUUUCUCUGGCACGGCAAAUCCUUUGCUCGCUCAGGAAAUUGCUUGUUAUCUGGGCCUAGAACUUGGAAAAAUAAAAAUAAAGCGAUUUGCUGAUGGGGAAAUUUACGUUCAGUUGCAAGAGAGUGUAAGAGGUUGUGAUGUAUUCCUUGUUCAACCAACCUGUCCUCCAGCAAAUGAGAAUCUUAUGGAGCUUUUGAUUAUGAUUGAUGCAUGUCGAAGAGCAUCUGCAAAAAACAUCACUGCUGUCAUUCCAUAUUUUGGAUAUGCCAGAGCAGAUAGAAAGACCCAGGGGCGUGAAUCAAUUGCUGCUAAGCUUGUGGCAAACUUGCUCACAGAAGCUGGUGCAAAUCGUGUUCUUGCUUGUGACCUUCAUUCUGGUCAGUCAAUAGGGUAUUUUGAUAUUCCGGUGGAUCAUGUGUAUGGGCAGCCUGUGAUACUUGAUUACCUGGCUAGUAAGAACAUACCUUCCAAUGAUUUGGUCGUUGUCUCACCUGAUGUCGGAGGUGUUGCUCGGGCACGUGCUUUUGCUAAGAAACUGUCUGAUGCACCCUUGGCAAUUGUUGAUAAAAGGCGCCAUGGGCAUAAUGUUGCUGAGGUCAUGAAUUUAAUAGGGGACGUUCAGGGAAAGGUGGCUAUCAUGGUGGAUGACAUGAUCGAUACUGCAGGAACCAUAGUGAAAGGUGCGGCACUUUUACAUCAAGAAGGUGCAAGGGAAGUAUACGCAUGCAGCACUCAUGCUGUCCUUAGUCCUCCUGCAAUUGAAAGACUAUCAAGCGGCUUGUUUCAGGAAGUCAUCAUCACAAACACCAUACCUCUGAUGGAGAAAAAUUAUUUCCCCCAGCUAACCGUUCUUUCAGUUGCAAACCUUCUUGGUGAGACUAUUUGGCGUGUGCACGAUGACUGCUCUGGUGCCCUUGAACCCUUUUGCAGCCUGGGGAUUGAUUGAAUCUCUUUGAAGUUGGGAAACCGUGCCUAGAUCUUCGGGUUUGUCUUCAGGCCUUGUCCUUACAUUCGUUACUGACCACAUCCCAUUUCUUGGGGAGCAGUAAGUGUUGCCAUCGGGUCCACAUAGUUUAUGUUUGUUGUCAAAUCUCAGCUGUUAAUGCGAUCAACUGAGCAAUUAAAAUGUGUAAGACUUAAAGUACGCUUCCAUGUCUUCGCAUUCUGUACUUCUAUAAGGAAGAGCGUCACCUCAGCUCCAAGUGUAUCAUUAUUGAAGUAUGGGGCCCGCUUCUUAUAAUUCAUGAUAUUGAAGGGACCACCUUUCAUGCAGCUAAACCACCAAAAUUUAUGAAAUGCUAUUCUUUUCCAUCAUUCUUAUCCUCCACGGAAAUGUGGUUUUGAAUCUUUUGAUUACUGUAAGAAUUAGCUUCCCGUCUCCCCUUUAA